UUUCUCUGUUCUUCCCACAACACCGUCCCACACGCAUUCUCUCUCUCUCUCUCUCUCUCUCUCUCUCUCUCUCUGUGUGUAAAUAUUUGCUCAAAAAAUCUCAUUCUCUUUCUUUCUUUCAUCGUCUGUCUUUUCGUCCAUGGCGGCCAACAGAUUCGCGACCUUGAUCCACCGCAAAACGAACCGGAUCACACUAGUCCUCGUCUACGCUCUCCUCGAGUGGACUCUCAUCUUCUUCAUCCUCCUCAACUCUCUCUUCUCCUAUUUCAUCCUCAGAUUCGCUGAUUACUUCGGCCUCAAGCGACCUUGCCUCCUCUGCUCACGUCUCGAUCGGUUCUUCGACCCCUCCGGGAAAUCUCCUUCCCACAGAGAUCUCCUCUGCGACGAUCACCAGAUUGUUUCUACGCCUCCUCCUCCCUCGAAACCUCUUCUUGAAUCAUCAAAAGGUUCCGAUGAGUCUUUCGAUGUGGUGUUCCCUAAGGACUUGGUCUGUUGUGCUCCGAUCGAGCCUGAUCUGAGGGAUGAUAAUAAUAGCUUUAUCAACACGGCGAAUCUGAUCGGAGAUGAUGUUCAAGUUCACAAUGGUCGGCUUUUCACCGAACGGUCCCGAUCUAUCUUUGCCUUGGAAGAACACGUGGGAUCCGUGCCUUUGAUUGAUUCUCUGGAACGUAGCUUCGCAAGGGUUGAACAAGAAACAGAGGAGAAGGAAGAUGUUGAUGAUGAAGAAACAGAGGAAACAGAGGAGAAGGUUGUUGAUGAUGAAACAGAGGAAACAGAGGAGAAGGUUGUUGAUGAGGAAGAAACAGAGGAGAAGGUUGUUGACGGUGAUGAUGAUGAUGAUGAGUUCUCUUGCUUUGUAUCGAGUUUCGACUGUAACAGAGAAGUUGUUGUAACGGAGAAGGAAGAAGAAGAAGAAAACAGAGUGGAUCUAGUCGAUGAACUUGCGCCGGCGACAAACCUAGAGUUCUACAUUGACGACAAGGACUGCCAUUUGAUUCCAGUCGAAGAAUUCUACAAACCUAGCGAGGAAGUCCGAGAGAUCUCCGACGUUAACGGAGACUUCAUACUCGAUUUCGGCGCUGAACCUGAUUUAUCGGCACCGGCGGAGGAGGACGUGGGGUUAACUUCCGACGAGAUCUCCGCGCCGAAAGAAUCGAAACAUGUGGAGGUAGCUGAAACAAAUGAAGGUGCGUUGUUAAUGUUUGUUCGUCCUGAUCAACAACAACAACCUGAACCCGACUUCCUGGCGGCCGCGGAGGCGGCCGCAGAGGAGGUGGAAGACGUGGAGUUAGUCUCCACGUUUACUUCUCCGGGAGAAUUGGAACCGGAGAAGGCUGAGACUACUCAGGGUGCUUUGUCAAUGUUUGUUUGUCCUGAUCAACAACAAUCUGAACCUGACUUCGGGGCGACGAAGGUGAUGGAGACGGCGGAGGAAGACGUGGGAUUAUCUUCAGACGAGAUAUCCGAGGUUCCCUCGCCGGGAGAAUCGAAACAGGACGUGGCUGAGACCAAACAAGAUUCUCCGACAGAUGAAGAUGAAUUAUUACAAACGCAAACCGACGAAGAAACAGACGCAGACGUUUCAAUAGGAACAGAGAUUCCUGAUCACGAGCAAAUCGGAGACGACCAAUCCCACGAACUCAUUCCUCAAGACGAAUACGAAGAUGAUCAUCAUAAUGGUAACGAUACGUUGGAGUUCAGAACAGUCGAUAUCGAGACAAGGAGACCCGUCUUAAACGCCAACAAAGAGCUGCUUCUCGAAACUUCCCGCUCGAUUAUGUUCCAACUAGAUCGAACAGAACCCACCCUCGAAUGCGCAUCAUCACUCACCGUGGUGGACAAGCUCAAGUCGGAGCUGGAAGAAGAGCGAAAGGCUCUCAACGCUUUAUACGAGGAGCUGGAGGAAGAGAGGAGCGCGUCCGCGACUGCAGCCAACGAGACGAUGGCGAUGAUCAACCGGUUGCACGAGGAGAAGGCCGCGAUGCAGAUGGAGGCGCUGCAGUACCAGAGGAUGAUGGAGGAGCAAUCCGAGUUCGAUCAGGAAGCCUUGCAGCUGCUGAACGAGGUCAUCGUGAAACGUGAGAAGGAGAACGCGGAGCUGGAGAAGGAGCUGGAGGCGUGUAGAAAGAGGUUGGAUGAGUACGAAGCUAUGAUGAUGAUGAGGAGAAUGAGAGACUCCUCCGUUGAUUCGUAUAGAAACAACGGUGACUUGCAACACAAGAAUGUUGAAGAGAGUGAGAGUGAGAGUGAGAAGAACACUCCCGUUGAUGUCGUGCUUCGUCUUGAUGAGUGUUUAGAUGAUUACGAAGGAGAGAGGCUUUCGAUUCUUGGGAGGUUGAAGUUUCUUGAAGAGAAACUCACAGCUCUGAAUGAUGAAGAAGAGGAAGCUAAGACGUUUGAGAGUAAUGGUAGCAUCAAUGGAAACGGACAUGUUCAUGAAAAGGAGACCAAUGGGAAGCAUAGAGUACUCAAGUCAAAGAGACUACUUCCACUGUUCGAUGCAGUAGAUGGAGAGAUUGGAAACGGAGACCACUAUGAAAACGGGGUUGAUGAAUCGGAGAAAGGUGAGAUUGUUAACGUGGAAGAAGAAGUGGAUGAGCUAUACGAGAGACUAGAAGCGCUAGAAGCGGAUAGAGAGUUCUUGAGACAUUGUGUUGGCUCGUUGAAGAAAGGGGACAAAGGUGUUCAUCUCCUCCGUGAGAUUCUACAGCAACUACGUGAUCUCAAGAAUAUUGAUCUUAUUCGUGUAAGAGAAAUUGAAGACCUGAGUUUUUGAAUUUGGGUUUUGGGGUUUUGAGUUUGAAGUUCACUAUGUGCAUUUGGUGGGCAUGAACUGAACGUUAUCAUACAGGUUAGGGAAUGACUUUGUUGCUUGGCAGGCAAGGAACAACAAGAUAAUGUCUGGAGAAGAAGAAAAUGCCAGAAGAAGAUAAAAUAUCCAUCUGAUUCUCUUAUGCUGUGUCAGAUGAGAAUGUCAGUCUUUUCAUUUGUUUUAAUUCUUUUUUUUUUUGGUUUUUAUUAUUAAAAAAGUGAAGAUUUACUAUAUAAAAAGAGAGGAGUGUGAGCAUAAUUUUUAACUUUUUUAUUUGUCUGUAUGAGUGGUAAUAGAAAAAAAGGUAGAAUGAUGAGUGUAUGUGUGUGUAGUGUAGUGAGUAGUAAGGUGAGAUAUUGCUAUUAAAAAAAGCCAAAGGGCAAGCUGUCAGUCUCUUGGAUGUUUGUGGCAUAUAGCUUGGAAUGAUUUCAACAAAGAUGCCAGCUCCAAUGUACAUAAUGGUUUUGUUUUAUUGGACUUUUCAGAACAUUUAGGAACUUUCCGGGUGAAUUUUGGAUCACUGUUUAUAGGUGGGGUAAGUAACCUCUUCAUUUGUUUUCUUUUGGAUUGUAACUUGGUAGCAAUUACUCAUGUAACUCGCUUUGCAAACGAGUCCUUUGUAUCAACAUACUCUUCGAAUUUGUUCGUAUUACCUUUUGUAUUGUUUUUAUUUGUGUAUUUUAAAAACUGUUUAUGUUUAGACAA